UGCAUUGGCAUUCAAACUUUGCAAAUUGUGCUUUUUACAUUUAUUUAUUUUUCUGUUUAGUGCUACGUACAAAGUGACACAAAAGUCAUGUUGCAAUUUCCUGACACAAAAUCCAGUCUUCAUGAAAAUGCAUAUUAGAAACACUGCACUGCUGCAAUAACAAGAUGACUUCAUUUAAUCACAUUCACACAAUAAUGCAAACAUUUAACGUGAUUCCACUUAAAUGCGGCAGAUUGAUCCAUUAGGUGGCCAUAAAAGCAGUUUUCACAACUUCAUCAUGCUUCUUCAUGUCUUUUUCCUGAAAAUAUAAUUUUUUGCUCAUUCAUUUUUAUUGGGACAGAAAGCUACUACUUGCCGACGUGUGAUGUCGUCAUCAAAAUGCGACAGAACAGAGCAAGUCCUACUGCAAAUAUAACUCGUACAUUUUAAAUCGGCAAAUGCAGAGUUUGGUAUCGAACCAUUGUGUGAAUAUAUAUUUUCAUUUGCAUUUUGCUAUGUAGCAUAUCAAAUGGCCAAAUUUGUCUUAACUGGUUGUUGGAAGACUGCUUCCGGACUACAAAUCCGAGUGUGCCUACAUCCGGAUGCAACUCGCAGCAUGUUCAACAGUAUCCUCUCUUUUGCUGCGCGCACCAGCGCGACGUUUAACAAUUCACCCUAGUUGAGUUAGUUAUUCAAUGCAUUUUUUAUUUUUCGCAAAAGUGUCCCCAUGUAGCUUUUAAGUAUGCAACCCUUUUUGCAAAUGACAUCGAACGAGGUCAUGUCUAAUCACACACGUUACCUCAUCUUUUUCCAAUACAUUGGAACUAAAUACAGUGGUGCAGUCAAAGUGCCUCCGCAUCAACUGGAGAGAAAAGGGGUCCAAGAUCACUUGGAGAAUGCAUUAAGAAGACUGAGGCCACUCAACCCAGUGUCUGUGUCCAUUUCCAGCAGGACAGAUAGUGGCGUCCACGCUCUCUCUAACUCUGCUCACUUUGAUUUCCAACGCAAGAACGACAAGCCGCCAUUCACUGAGGACAUUUUAAUUGAGGCGCUCAAUUACCACCUCAAACCAGAGCAAAUUAGCGUCACUCGCGCCUAUCGCGUGCCAGAUGACUUCCACGCCCGUUUUCGAGCCCUCUCCCGGACGUAUGUCUACCGCAUCGCCCUGGGUAUUUCCCAUCCCUCUCAGCUUCCCCUGGUCGAACGCGACAUGUGCUGGAAUCUCCGCCACACCGAGCUCGAUAUGGAAGCAAUGAGGGAAGCGGCCACCAUGUUGAUCGGAACUCACGACUUCGGCAGCUUCAGGGCAGUCAACUCCGACAUGCCUUUCAAAAACCCUGUAAAGACGCUGGAUGUCGCCAGCAUACAGCCUGGGAGAGCAUUUGCAUGUGAGCACUUCCACAGAGAGAUUCCAUUUUGGGAGUUGACUUUUCAAAGCAAAUCAUUUCUAUACAAGCAGGUGCGCAGAAUGACGGGGGCCCUCGUGGCCGUGGGCCAGGGAAGGAUCUCACUCACCGAGCUGAAAGACAUCAUGGAGGCUCGGGACACUCUGGCGUAUCCACCGAAACUCCUCGCUCCACCCCGUGGCCUAUUCCUCACCAGGGUGGACUACAACGAGUCGGAUCUGCUGCUCUCACCAAAAACCUCAACUGAAGUUUUGAUGAGUGAUGCACAAACUCCAAACUGAACCUCCUUUAAUAAAGUUUUUAUUUAAGCCUC